CGUCUUGACUAAGCUUCUGAUACGAUUGUUAAGGAUUCAGGCUUGAUACGAGCAGGAGAAGGUCGCAGUAAUUGGACUACAUGCAUCGGAAUACCUUCAAUUCGACGUGAUAAUCCAUACCAAAUAGCAACCGAACUUGGCAAUUCCGUAAAUCGCUCUAGACUAGCCGCCCAGGGCCGCCGGGCCGUCAUCGGCAAAGUUACGAUCAAGGUCCAAGAUAUGGCGUAUUUCUCAGCUCAGAAGGAUAUUUAAAUUUAAACUUGGGGUAACCCGCUGCCAGUUGGUUUUCGAAUGUGUGUCAACCAGUAGCUACGAAAGACCAAAGGCAUAAAUCAAAAUUUCAUAUUGACCCGACCACUCACCAUGUCUACCAUCAAAACAUCCGUCGUCCUUGAAGCGGGACCGAAUACCGACAUCUGGAAGAAGCCGCCGACGACGAAUAUUUGGACUGCACCCAUCUCCCACACAUCUUCAGGCCUCUUGAAGAACUUCAAAUCAGCCCGCGUCACCUUUUGGGCUGACUGGAAGGAGCGGUACGACCAAGGAGGUCUGCUCCUCGUACCUAAGCGCCGCUCUUCGGCCAACAUCUCCCCGCCCGAGAAAUGGAUCAAGACGGGCGUCGAGUACUACGUUGGGCGGCCGCAGCUGAGCACCGUAAGCACGGACCGCUUUGCGGACUGGAGCGUCGCGCCCCUGACUCUCACGGAAAACGAGCCCGAACCCGCUAAGGUGGGCGGAGUCACUAUCGAAAUCGCGCGCGAGGGCGACGAGCACGGUAAGAGCUUCUGGGUGCACCGGCUCGUGCUGGAUGCGAACGGCGACGUCGUCGAGAAGAUUCCCCUGCGGGAGAUCUGCUGGGUGCUCGCGGACGAGGACGAGGCCGGUGGCGAAGAAUGGCUUCUGGAUGUAAGUCCGCUGGUGGCUCGGCCGGAGAAAAACGCGACCGGCUCGCUCAAGGUCAAUUUCAAGACGUUUGAGGUUCGGUGGGCGUCGUAAGGCGGAAAUAAAACCUAUGCCAAGACGAGAUCGGACGGAACGUUAGUCUUCAGUCUGCGACUCGUAUUCGGAUAUAUUUAACGAUGGCUGCUUCUCGGCGCUUUGUAUGUUAACCUAGAGUCGCCG